CGAGUAAAGUCGCAAACAGCUUCGCACAUAUUCGCGAAACCGAUCUCAAAGCUGACGACAGAGUGUCGAAAGUCUCCAUUGCGAAAUCAUGACGUUAUCAAGCCUGACCGCACCUCUCCUUGCCGGGCACAGAGGUGCAUAUUUGGAGACAUAUAGGCAAGGACCACGCGGCCGAUGAGAAUGCCUCCUUCUCCCGCUCCAACCCACGCAGAGAUCACGACCUUUUUUCAAAGACUCCUUCCUCCUUCAGCGAAUGCCAGAGAGGUACCCUUCCUCUGGCACAGUCCACGGCAUCCCUUGUACAAUCCGUCUCUCCGAAAUACAACGACUGUUGUGCUGAGCAUCACACCGACGGAUGGCUUCUAUGCCGCGAACAAUGACCCAAUGCGUCCGUCAGCACCAUUGUGCUUUCUGCACAGGCCUUGGAACCUUGAGCGUAGAGCACUAAGACGAGGCUCACUUGUACUUGCGAGCCAUGCCUCUUUCGAUGAGCAUUUGACAGUAGGCUGGAAUGUCUCACUCGCUCGAAGACUCAACCUAGACUUAGCAGAAGCUGUUUGUAUACAAGGAUACAAGGACAAUCCCGAUCGGAAGAUUGGGCUUGUAGCCAGACUCCAGCAGCCUUUGCCCGUUCAAGUCUUGUCUCAACAGCUCAAGCAUGAGUUUCACGGAGCUGGAGAGCUACAUCAGGUAGAGAGCAGCGAUGUUGUUGCUCUUGAGACUGGAUCAGCGUCACCUUUGCGCAUAGUGGCCAUCAUGAACGCCUUUCAUGCUGAAGAAAUUCAACGUGUCCUACAAGCUGCACGAGAAAAAGCCUGGAUUGAUCCCGAAGCAGACGGGAGCUCGAUUCUGUAUCUGACCGGAGCUGCGCGCGACUAUGGACUUGCAGCAAUCAAGGAAGUCAGCAUGCCAGCGUUCUGUGUCGGGCACCGAGCCUGCGAAGAAUGGGGCAUACGAUUCCUCGCAGAACAACUCAGGGAAGAGUGGCCAGACUUGGACGUUGUUGAAGUGCUUGAGGAAGAAGAGCCCGUUGCGCCCAGAACGAAGAAGAUCGACAGGCUAUCCUCUGACAGUCCAGUCUCCGCUAAUGUGGCGACAAGCUGAGGCAAUGAGAUAUCCAGAUAUUCGGAUCCAGCACGAGCUUCUUGAGAGGCGAAGAGCAUCAAGCCGUGAUCGAGUACACUGGAAGUCACUUACCGAAAGAACAUUUGCACAUUCUGAUCUGUGGCCGUUGGACAUGUACAACGCAUCCCGCGCAGUCCUCAAUCUACGCAAGCACAAGUCAACAACGUCAUCGCGAUGCGAUAGAGAGACUUGA